AUGAAUACACAAUACGCUAUUGGAAUCGAUUUAGGAACUACCUACUGCUGCGUGAGAGUUUUCAUGCACGGGAAGGUAGAAAUCAUUGCCAACGAUCAAGGAAACCGUACAACUCCAUCAUAUGUGGCUUUCACCGGCACCGAGCUUCUCAUCGGAGAUGCUGCCAAGAAUCAAGUUACCAUGAACCCACAUAACACUGUUUUUGAAGUUACACGUCUUAUUGGACGCAAUUUCGAGGAUCCAACAGUUCAGUCUGACAUAAAGCAUUGGCCAUUCAAGGUCAUCUCUGCCGAAGGAGCUAAGCCAAAAGUUCAAGUUGAGUACAGAGCAGAGAACACGAUUUUCACUCCAGAGAAGAUCUCCGCAUUGGUUUUGCUGAAGAUGAAGGAGACCGCCGAGGCCUUCCUUGGAACCACCGUUAAGGAUGCCGUUGUCACUGUCUCAGCUUACCUCAACGACUCCCAGCGUGAAGCAACCAAGGAUGCCGGAGCCAUCGCUGGACUUAACGUUCUUCGUAUCAUCAACGAGCCAACCGCUGCCGCAAUCGCUUACGGGUUUGACAAGGAGGUACACGGAGAACGCAAUGUUCUUAUCUUCGAUCUGGGAGGUGGUACCUUCGAUGUCUCCAUUCUUACCACUGAGGACGGAAUCUUCGAAGUCAAGUCUACCGCUGGCUGCGCUGAUCUCUUCACAUCCACCAUGGACUCAGUCGAGAAGUCUCUUCGUGACGCCAAGAUGGACUAGAGCCAAGUUCAUGACAUCGUCCUUGUUGGAGGAUCUACUUGUAUCCCAAAGGCCCAGAAACUGUUGUCUGACCUUUUCUCAGGAAAGGAAUUGA